AUGGCCAAAAGCGCCACCGACGAGCCGCACAAGGCGGCAUCUAAGCUCGACAACCACGAUGCUACGAACGAGAAUGCCAGCACAGAAAAGAAACACAAGUCAGAGUCCAAAGACAAAAAGAAGCGCAAGUCAUCCGGUGACGACGAAGCUUCAAAGAAGAAGAAGCGCCGACACGACGAAAACGAGUCCGCCGACGAAUCUUCGCAAAAGAAGAAGACGAAGAAGCGUGUUUCCUUCGGACCGGGCACCAAGACAAAAGACGCCGAUGACUCGAGUGAUAGCGAUAAUGACGCCGGCGACGAGGCCGAGGUUGACAGCACCACCGCAGAGACCUCGGAAAAGAACGAGCAUGAGAAAGCCCUCGAGGAAAUGAAGAAGCGCAAACGCGAAAAAAAGAAAGAGAGGAAGAGCGGUGCUGCUGUCGCUGCCACCACUACACAGGUCCACGAAACGCCCAUCCUCUCUUACCUGAACUGGUAUCAUCGGGACCGGGCUUCCUGGAAAUUCCAGAAGAACCGCGAAUCGAAUAUCUUCAAGCACCUCUACUCGUUGGAGCAUGUCCCCGCCGCCUACAACGUUGCCCUUCUGGUCUACUUGCAGGGACUGAAGGGCGAGGCAUCGAAGAUGCGUUUGAGCCAAGGUGCAGCGGAAGUCAUGUCUGUUGAUAAAGAGGUCGAGGCGGAUGAAGAAUAUCACCAGGCCGUGGAUGGAUUCAGGGAAUAUUUGACUGCGGGCAGCGAGGAUAUCGGUGCUUCCGAUUCUGCGGAACAAUUUGAGGGCGAGACUCGCAAACGUCUUCAAAGGAGACAGCGUGCGGAGCUGGUUUUCUUCGCCGUCACAGCCAAGCUGUACAUUGGCCAGAAGCCCAUGCCGCCGCAAAAGCAAGAGCCCCCACAACCGAAGAAACGCAAGAACAGAACUGUCGUUGUCGACAUUUCGAGCAGCAGUGAGAGUGACAGCGAUAACGAAAAGUCCUCAUCCAAGAAGAAGGCAGCUAGCAAGGCUAAGAAGGCGGAUAACAACGACGAUUCUACAAGCAGCAGUGGAUCCAGCAGUGAUAGUGACAGCGACAAAGCUCCCCCUCGCAAGAAGGCAGCAAAGGCCAAGCCUGCGCCCCCAACACCUGAGCCCAAAAAGCCCGAGCCACCCGCUCCAAGCAAGAACAAGAAGAAGCAGAAGCGGAAGAUGAGAACUGCUCUGAUUGAGAUCUCGAGCAGCGAGAGUGAUAGCGAUUGA